CAUGACAUCCAUUGUGUUGCUGAGAUGCCAUUUGUUGGAACAACACACACAUAUUGCCUGAUGCUAAAAAGAAAUGAAUAGAAUUCAAUAAAAUAUGACAUGCUGUGUGUGUAUUUUAAAUGUUUCAAAUGGUACCUUUUAACCGCUCAGUGAGCUUCAGCAGGUAAUUGAUCAGGUGACUGACACAUGAUUGGCCAGCAGUUAUUUAAGGUAGACAGAUAAGGAUUCUGCAAUUGUUUAAGCAAAACUUAUAACUUUAAGCAGUAAACUAAAUAGUUCACAUUUUUGGACUGCUGGUGAGAAAAAAUAGUGGAUUAUCCAAUAAUGAAAUGUUAGUUACAGCCCUGCUUAUCAGAGAUAACCUUAAGCUUGCUUGUAAUUAAUUAUAGAGCAGGUCAAUAAUACAGUAUCUUUUUUUUUUUACUCUUAAGCCUAAUUAGUCUAUUUUAGGGAACACCAAAGCCGCAUCCUUCACUUAGUUUGCCCAGAACGACUGUAAUUUUGUUUUAAGAAAUACAAACCAGCCAAAGGGUUCCCCUAUAGGAUGAUAUAUCCUGUAGGAGAAAAUUAUACAUGGUGCAACCAGAAAAUUAUGUACUACAGAGCGGGCUGGUAAAACACAGGGGUUAAACUGUGACAAUGGAGUUCUCCAUAUGACCUGUGGGGGCAGCAGUGCGUCUCUGCUGCGUGUCGUCUGCCGCAAAUAUCCUCAGAAGAAGAAAGAGGCUACAUCCAUAACAUUCAGCCUAGUAGCGGCCGCCUCUCGCUAACUUUCCGCAGUAAACAGGCCCGAAGGAGCCCGGCAGGCGGUAGUGGCGCCUGAUCCGAGUGCUUAGCGAAUUUGGAAUAAAAAUCCUCACAUUACUGGCCCGCUUCUCCGCAGCACAGGGCGAUAAAAGCGCACCAACCCUCCGCACACGGGGCGGCUUGUUGUGUUUAGCCUGCGAGUGUGCUAACAUUAGCACCGAAGAGAGCAGCCCGGCGGGCUCCCAACAAACCUGGACACGAUGUCGCUGGUGGACCUGGGGAAGCGACUACUGGAGGCGGCUCGGAAAGGUCAGGACGAUGAGGUCCGAAACCUGAUGGCUAAUGGAGCUCCGUUCACCACCGACUGGCUGGGUACAUCCCCUCUUCAUCUGGCUGCUCAGCACGGACAUUAUUCCACCGCCGACGUCCUGCUGAGAGCUGGCGUCAGCAGAGACGCCCGCACAAAGGUGGACAGGACCCCGCUGCAUAUGGCCGCCGCCGAGGGACACACGGUCAUCGUAGAGCUGCUGGUCCGGAGCGGCGCCGAUAUUAACGCCAAAGACAUGCUGAAGAUGACGGCCCUGCACUGGGCAGCGCAGCACGGACAUCACAGCGUGGUCGAGACCCUCAUCAAACACGGGGCUGAUGUGCACGCGCUCAGUAAGUUCGACAAGACGCCGUUUGACAUCGCUGUCGACAUCCAGAACACCGAGCUGAUGCUGCUGCUGCAGGAGGGCAUGCAGAACCAGGUGAAUAUGAAUCAGGUGAACAUGAACCAGGUGAGUAUGAACGUGGAGACAAGUGGCACCACCAACCAGCCUCAGUUCAUCAUCCAGGGAAUACCUGCCAUACAGGGAGGCGUGGUCAACCUGGCCGAGCUGCUCAACAAGGCCAACGCAGGUGAUUCAGAGGAGGCAAUGGCUGCCAGCGCUCUCGACUCAAACAUCCAGCAUGCCGCUGUCGUCAACGAGGGGGGUCAGAGGGUCAUCACCAUAGUAACGGACCAGCACGGCAACCUGCAGACCACCGGAGGGAUGGCACAGCCGUUCUUCGUCACCAUGCAGCACGGACAGCAGAUGCUGGCGGUGCCGGCCAACACGGUGACAGAGGAGGUGGUGACGGAGGAGCCUCAGCUGCCACCCUCCAAGAAGAGAAAGGUGGAAGUGACCAACAACCACAGCGAUGGAGGAGAAACGGAGUUGUUGCAAAGGCAGCUGCAGGAGGCCAACAGGAAGGCACAGGAGUACCGACAGCAGCUGCUGCGUAAGGAGCAGGAGGCUGAAGAGUACCGCAUCAAGCUGGAGGCCAUGGCCCAAAGUCAGGCCAACAGCACCAACGCCAACACCACCGCCAGCACCGCCGCCAACGCUGCCAGCCCCGAGGAGGUGGUGGGAGGGGAGGAGGACGAGGAGGAGGGAGCUGCCGGCGUUGUAGAAGAGGAGGGAGAGAUGGUGGUGCUGCAGGAGGGCGGCAUUAUCAUGGAGGGGGAGGAGGGUCAGGUGACGCUGGUGGAGACGGGGGGAGAGACGACAGAGGUCAGCUCCUAACAGAGAGGGACGGGUGAGGAGGGGGAGACAUAGAUGUAAGGACACGUCGUAAUAGGAAGUGGUUGGUUUGACUCACGCAAGUCUGCAUCCCAUUAAACGUAGGAGGAGGAGGAGCCGAGUCAUGGCAGGAAGAGUGCACCGUUUUGAAUCCCCACAAACAUCUGAUACCAACAUGGAAGAGAGGAGAAACAAAAUGGCCUCCUCAGAGAAAGACAGAUUGAUGGAGGAUUACACAUAACGGUGGAGUUAGCACCAUUUUGAAUCCCCACAAAGGUCUAAUACAUGAGAGAGGACAAAUAAAAUGGUUCCCCAAUCAGUCAGCGGAGACAAACAGACUGAAGAUAAAACCUGAUGGUGGGAUUUAGUUAUGCACCAUUUCGAAUCCCUGAAUGAAUUAAUACCAGGGAGGAGCAACAGAAUGGAGGACUGAAGUCAAUCAACUUUUUUAGUUCCUGUUUAUUUUUUUCUUUUAUUUUCACUGAAUGCCUCCUUUAACGAGCUGCAAAAUUUUUGCUGCAGAAAUGGGACCUUCACUGGAAGGCACAUUUACUUUUGUUCUUCAUUUUACCUGCAAUCAGUGAUCCGAAUCAAACAGCGAUGAGGGAUUUGGGAGGGUCCUCCCUGUCAGCAGACAUUUGUUUCCUGCAACACUUUGCCUCCCUGUUCAACCCGGAGUGUGUGUUUAUGAACACACCACUGAACUGAGCCCAUUUGCUUUGUGUUAGAAUAUACAUAUAGCAGGAAUUUAGACUUUUAGUUUGUCCUUUUGACAGUUUCCACUCUUGAUAUUUGGAUGCCAUUGCUGAUCCCUGUUACAUACAUUUUUAUCCUUACCUUUUUCUGAAAUUCAGUUUUUCUGUGGGCUGUUUUGUUGGGUAAAUCCUGGAGUCAACACAGCCAUCUGUUGGAUGCCUUCAUAAAUCUGGACCAUGUUGCUCUGUUUAACACCAUUUUGCUAAGUUCGGCCACAACUGGGAGCUGUGAAUUUUCAGGACUGUUUGGACACUACAUUCACUCCCUGUGAACUGCUCUUCUGUUCUUUACAUAUUUUGUAUUUUUGAUGUUUAUGAUUCGUUUUGUUCUGGACAUUUUUAUCAUGUUUUAAUAGCAGUACAUCGUCAUAUGAUCCCAUAUUGAUCGUUUAAGCACCAAACAAUAUUUCCCAUUUCUUUCUGGAUAACUGAUCCUAUAUUAAGUGGGGAGUCCAAAUGGCCUUGUUGGAGCUUUUUGACAAGCAAAGGGAAUCUAUUCCGGGCUCAAUGCUGCGCUUCCCGACUCAUUUCCAGUAUUUUUUUUGGUCCAAAGGCCGAUUAAUGUCUUGUGUUUGUUCCCAUGCUGACUCGUGAGUUUCCCAGAAUCCUGAAUACAACAGAACCAGAUCCAUCGUGGACAGCCUCGUUUAGUAAUUCCGAUGAUUUAGUUUCCUCCAUCAGGUGGGUGUGACAGGGCUGACUGAGGACAGGUAUAGGACUGCUAAAUAAUCACUUCUAUGAUCGAUCCUGAAUAUUUCAUUAAUUGCUGAGUCUUUAAAUUCCCCCCCCUCAGUCCCAGGUGACAUCUUCAGAUGACUUUUCUGUGAUAAAUAAACCUAAAGAGAGACUAAUAGUAAACAAAGAAAUAUAUUUGAUUUACUUUCUAAUGAUAAAACAUUUCUGUAAUUGCCUGUUAACAUCGGCUCUGUUGCUGCCACUGGCUGGUAGUCCAGUCUGAGGCAAUGCAGUAUUUCUAUUGGCCGAGGGUGCAGACGCUCACAAGAAUUCAAUCCACUAGAGUUUGUUUGAACAGGAGGUGGCGUGAAUGUUUACAGGAUACAUUUACAGUUUUUAGUUGACAGACAACGUUUAACUCACAUGACUAAUCAACAGUUUCUCCUUCUAGAGACUCUGAACUGCAUGAAAGUUGUCCAAUACCAGCUGAUGUGAAGAAAUAUUUAGAACUUCACCAACGGAAAACAAUACUACAAGAUUUCUCUCCAUUUUUUGUUUAUCAUAGAUGGAAGAGGUUUAGUUUAUUCUUCUUGUUUGGGGUUUUUUAUUUGUUUGCAAAGAGCUGGUUUCGUUUGUUGCUGCUUCUACUCUGUUUAUUAUAGCAAUGCCUAAUACAGCGUAUACCGCCACCUUCUGACGACACUGUGCAGUGUAGUUUAUUCCCUCCACAGCAGUUAUUGGACACAUGCUUCAUUUGCAUUUCUGUGAUGAGUUAUCUGAUAAUUCAGUUCACAUUUGUAUGGAAACAUGGCUAGUGCCUGUAGUCAGUUGAAGUGACACAAAGAGCGUCCCUGUAGUUUUUCAUCUGCAGGGCCUUUGACUUUCACCUGAUGUCCAGAAGUUUCCGAGCUUUAAAAGUUCCUCCAGCUCAUUGUGAUUUGCGCUGACAUAUCAGAAUGUGACGUGUUGGAUUAUCACUCAAGUCUUGACUCUGUGGUUGGUUGUAAAAUCUCUAGUUGUGCUGCAUCCUGAUUAUUGUCGUCCACAAACUGCAGCAAAACAACCUGUUUGCAGCUGCAGGGUUUUAAAAAAUGUCAGCUGUAGAAAACCCCGAAUCAGUGACGAUCACGUUCCUGAACCUUGAAUUACCUCUGAGCAGGGAGCUUCAUCACGACCCUGCAUGUUAGAGUGUGUGAGAUGAGUCCUCUGCUUUACUGCACGAUCAAAAUGUACCAGAUUAACUUUGGCAGUCUACAGUUGGAGGUUCAACACCUGAAGCCACAGGUACGCUGCACUAAGAGGCUUCAGUCAGCCCAGUUCAGCCCUGUUCGCUCCCACAGUGGAAAACCAGUUACUGAUACUACCUGUCAGCUGAUAUCCAUGUUUGGUACCUGUUCAAACUCACCUGUACCCUUCCUUCCCUCCUUCCUCUGAUUCUGCAUCCUUUGAGUUAUAGUUAUUUUUAUAAGCUCAGUGAAGCCAACCUUUUCUAUGUACAUAUAAAAUUGUAUUUUUUUAACUGUACCUGAAUGCUUCAACAUGAUGAUGAUGAUGAUGAUGAUGAUGGCUGCCUGCAUUGGUAAUCUGAAAUAUAAACACCUGUUUUUUUCAAUAACAA